AUGAGGUUGCCGAGUCACAGACAAUGUGCGGUGGAAGGAGAUGGAAAGAAGAUGGACCAAGCUCCUCCGUUCAGAAACCCUUUUGUGCACCUCUUGAAAUUUACCCCUCUGGAGAAAGCAAAGAUUGCUUUUAUGACAGUCACACUGUUCCCCAUCCGUCUACUCAUAGCUGCAUUCAUGAUGCUGCUGGCAUGGCCUUUUGCCUUCCUGGCCUCAGUAGGGCGCUCAGAGACCACCAUUGAACCCCAGUGCCUCUGGAGGAGACUGGUGGACAUAAUACUGAAGAUCAUCAUGCGGGUCAUGUGGUUUGCGGGAGGUUUCCAUUGGAUGACUGUGAAGGGGCGCAGAGCAUUGCCUGCGGAAGCACCCAUCCUCACCCUGGCACCUCACUCUUCGUACUUUGAUGCCAUCCCAGUCACUAUGACGAUGGCCUCAAUAGUCAUGAAGGCCGAGAGCAAGGAUAUACCUCUCUGGGGCACUUUGAUAAAGUACAUCAGGCCAGUAUUUGUAUCACGGUCAGACCAGGACUCCAGGAAGAAAACCGUGGAGGAGAUCAGACGCAGAGCGCACUCUGGAGGGGAAUGGCCUCAGAUUAUGAUUUUUCCUGAGGGAACAUGUACCAAUAGAUCUUGCCUGAUCACAUUUAAACCAGGGGCCUUCAUUCCAGCUGUACCAGUGCAACCUGUGGUGAUACGUUACCCUAAUAAGCUGGACUCGAUUACAUGGACGUGGCAAGGGCCUGGAGCGUUUGAGAUCUUGUGGCUGACACUCUGCCAGUUGCACAACGAGUUUGUGAUUGAGUUCCUCCCCAUCUACACGCCGUCAGAGGAGGAGAAAAAGAACCCAACUCUUUUUGCUAGCAAUGUGAGACGUGUCAUGGCAAAAGCCCUGGGGGUACCCAUCACAGACUAUUCAUUUGAAGACUGCCAGCUGGCCAUGGCAGAAGGCCAGCUGAGACUGCCAGUGGACACCUGUCUGCUGGAGUAUGCCAAGCUUGUCAGGAGACUGGGGUUGAAACCCCGUAACACAGAGAAGAUCCUGCAGGAGUACGGGAACAGAGCCAGGAAGCUGGAGGGACAAAAGCUGGACUUGGAUGGUUUUGCUCAGUUCCUCGACGUGCCAGUUUCAGACAUGCUGCGAGACAUGUUUGCUCUUUUUGAUGAGCAUGAAGAUAACUGCAUGGAUAUCAGAGAAUUUGUGAUAGCCUUAUCUGUCGUAUGCAGACCUGCCAAAACUCUGGAAACUAUGAAACUGGCCUUCAAGAUGUUUGAGGCAGAAGAGGACGGUGUCAUCACAGAGAUGGAGCUGGCAGUUAUCCUGAAGACAGCGUUAGGAGUCAGUCACCUCAACGUGUCACAUCUGUUUACUGCCAUCAAUGUAGAGGACACAGGGAAGAUCACCUUCGACAAGUUCAGAAGCUUUGCAGAGCAGCACCCAGACUUUUCUGAGGAGUACCUGCACACAGAAAAUGAAGGCCUCCACAGCAGCCCCUGCCAUGGUCACUAUACAAAUCCCAGCCUGUCUUCCCCGGACCCGCAAGGCACUGCCACCCCCAAAAUAGCUAACGGUAUCUGCCCCGACUUCAGCCCCAACGACCGCGGCACAAAAGAUGGACUCCACAAGAAACACAACUAAAACGGUUAAAAAUAUGUUGAAGCAGAAAAGUAACCCCUCUCCUGGUGAGAGGGUGCUGAGUAGGUAGUUAACUUGUUUUCCUGACCCUUAUUUUUUAUUUGUAUUGUUUCCAUGAAAUUACUGAAGCUAUGUUCAGCCUGGUAACAGCUUUUUUUUUUUAAAUUUAAACAAAUGUUUUUUUUUAUGAUUUUUCAUAGCAAAGAUCGUCAAAAUGCCAAACAAUGGAUGUUUCAGAUAUAAUGUUUGAAUACUUAAAGGGCAAGCACUUACAAAGAUUCAUGGGGCAAUUUUUUUAUUUUUUUCCCUCUAACAUAGUGCGAACUGCAUGUUUUUAACAUGAGGGAAGCAAGAAAACCAGACCGCCCUAGAUGGUAAAGUUUUCAUUUAUUUGCGACUUUUAUCUGUUUCCUCUCUUUAUGGGUAGCUGCCUUUUUUUAGCUGAAAGUGCAGAAUGCAUGGGCUCAUGUUAUUUUGAGCAGUGUUGAAGAUCAUUCAUGUAAAGAAGGGGGACCCGAGGGUACCAGUGACAAUUGUGUGACUUCUUUCUACUAGCCACAUUUGAGGCAAACCCCGGGUCUCUGUGGUUUGAUGGUCAUAUUUGCUAUGAGCUUGUUACAUAUAUAUGAAUAUAUACAGUGAUAUAUUUUUAUUUAGCUCAGGGUUCAGUGACAAAAAUGAAAAAUGUAACUUGUAUGAUGUCAUCAUUUUUGGCACUCACUGGGGUCCCGUGCAUGUCUCUGUUUUCUCAGUACUCUUCUCACCUUUCAUUCCUCUUUCACAUUCACUUCAUCGAUGUUAUUCUUUCAGGUAAGCUUAUUCAAGUGUCUUCUUUAAUUGUUGAAAUUUCACAACGUGGACCAAAAAUGCAUUUGGUGGUUUGAUGUCACCUGUCAUCUUAGUGUUUUUCAAUCCUUAUAAUAGCUAAACGGGGAGCCACUGAAAGCACAUUCAGUUUGUUGGCUUUGCUUGGCAAGGUCACUCGUCUCCCCUUUGCUUUACAUUCAUUCCUACCUUUUUCCACAGCGUAUUAUCUAUCAGCCUAAUGUGUGAAAGGAUUGAGAGUUCAAACAUUGGGCCCUUGGUCACGUAUAGAUUUGACCCUCUUAGAUGUGCAUUGGGAGAAACUGUAUGCUGCUUUAAUUCACUGACAGGGAUCCAGGCACCUUUAAAAUCUGUGUCGAUAUUUAGGGCCAGACACAAUCGGAAAUAUCAAACUUUGGUUAUAUUACUACCAGGUCUUCUAACAUUGGUCCAAUUGGCAAAACUACAUUUGUCCCUAAAUGUGUUAAAAUUGACCUCUCAGUAAAAUAAGAGUUUGAUCUCAGUCUGCAAAAAUUGCAGCUUUGCAUUCAUUUUUAAUUCUUUUUUUAAUCAUUUAUCAAAGUACGCAGUUACCUCUAUUAAUACUGGGGUAUGACUGACAUCCUUUAAAUUAGUCCAGUACUCUGAUUUAAUACAAGAAACCUGACCUGAAUGUGUUGACUAAACCUGUGGUGAACGCUAACGGUCUUUUCAAUCAUCUGAAAACAAAUAACUCUGUUUCUGAUAAGAGCACACAUAACAAACCUUUAGAUUAGAAAGACAAAAUGAAACGUUGUAUUGUGGCACAACUUUUUCACAUGAUGUGAUUUUUGGGGAAAUUAAUAGUAAAAAGGGAAUCUCUCCUGAGCAGAUGGAAUGAUACGCAUCAGAAUCUGUCUGUUGCCACUUAAUACUUGGGAUAUGUGCAUUCAUGGCUUUGUGCUGUUGUCUUUUUGUUUAUGGCUAUCACAUGAUACUCAACCUCAGUCUUUUCUUCUUAUUGAAAUGAUUUCAUCGUGCCGGUGAGCGUCACAUUCCCACCACGUCCAUGACCAUGCAUACUGUACAUGUGACCUUGUUAUGGCUUUCAGUGAAGCAAUAUUUCACAUCUCUUAAGCCUUCUCAAGACAUAUGCUUUUGAAGAGUUCUGAUAUGUAUUUUGAAUAUUCCAAAUGCAGGACAUUUAGUGAAUUUUUGAUAUACGUAUAUGAAUGAUUUUUAUUUCCACUGCCAUGACAAAAGAUCUGUGAUCUUCUCUCCUCAGCAGAUUGUAUUGAUGGUGAAAAAUGAGCCACAUUUCUGUUUAUUCUUUGUAUAAUACUGCGAUUGUUUUUUUGUGCUGUAUUCCUCCAACACAGUGUAAAGUUUUAUUGUUAUAUUAUUACUGUUAUCGCUGAGUUGACUGCUUAGAAACAAAAUGCAGAUUUCUUAUGGAAGCCGAUAGCCUUGAAUCUAUAGAAUUUUUAUGCUAAAAAAAGAGAAUGUAUAGACAAUCCUGUCACAAUCAGAAGCUACUCACAGCGCUGAUCUCUAGUGGACAUUUUCUGAAGAAAUCCUGGUUUUAAAAAUGUACAAUUUUUAAUCCUGUUUAAAACCUCCUUUAAUUCACUUUUUUUUAAGUUUUAUGUUUAAGUCGUGCAGAUUGAAAUGAGCAGCGUUCAACUGCACGUGUGUGUCAGGCCUUGAGGUGAAGCCUUCCACCGCAUGACGGGCCGCAUCACAAAAACACUCCUGACUGUCCGCACGUUAAAAACUAACUUCAAAUGUCGAUUAACAAUCCUAUAGUAUUUCCCCAUUACUACUUUUUUAAAUGAUACAUAUUUGUGCUUGCACUUUAGAUUCUUUAUCUUUGAAAGAAAUAUCACAUUGCUGUAAAGCAUUUUAAGUUUCUAGGUUACAGUAUUGUACCUGGUUUUUAUUAUGAAUCCUUUCAUUCAUAUAUUUACUGCAAUAGGAAUUGGAAAUCAGUCAUUUAAAGAAAGCUGUCCCUCGCCCAUGUUUUCUUGUUAUACUAUAAAAAAUGAGUUUGGUUAGUUGAAACACACUUUUAAAAUCCACUGUUCUGCUUUAUCUCAGUCUUGUGGACAUUUUAUAGCUUGGAAUGAUUCUUGUCAACAUGCAAGACUUACAAAAACAUGCCGAUUUGACUAACUUACAAUCGUUUUGCACCCUGGAAUGGUCAAGUGUUAAAUGUACUUCUAAGUAAUGUGAACUUAUAGUAGGUGGAAAUUAUAUAAUUCACUUUGUAUGUAUGAGGGAAAUGAUACUUCUUUUUUUUUUUUCCUUUUUUUUUCAUUGGUGGGGAAAUCCAAUUUUGACUUAAAAGUGAAACAAGGAACUGAUGAUAAGACUUGACCCAGGAUGAAAUAUAACGAGCCAACCCUCAGGCUGUUUUCUUUCUUUUUAACUGAAAGUUUCAUUUGAAGGUCAACAGGAUGAUAUUAUAUUUCAUCAGCCAGCUGAAUAUCUACAUUUCUACGUAUUUAUCGUCUACACUCAGAAUAAUCUCACAUCGGGGCUGUAUGAACAAUCUGGGACCUUUUUUUUUCACACCUGUUUCACUUCCCUUUGUCCAUGAUACCUCCAUGGAGGUGACCCUGUUUUUCUACUUGCUGUCAAUGGAAAAUGUAAACCUGCAAGAGGUAAAUAUGUAUAUUUAUGCUACUGCUGCCUGCCUACCACAGUUUGUCCAGCAGUGAGCCUAAGACGAAAGACUUGUGUACUCUGACAGAGAGCGAUAGUGUCUUUCCGAUGGCUUAGUGUCCGUGGACCAAGAAACCGAACUCUCUGUUUUCUCUGUAGCUUUACUUCCUGUCUUUUUCUAUACUCAACAGGUUUUAUUUUAUUAAUGCAUUUUGAUGAUGAAGAGUCAUUACUGCAAGCUACUUUGAAUUUGUCUGUUCAGGACUGCUAUGAUAUAACUUGUUAAUGUGACUCUUGGAUCGAAUUAAAAAAAAACAGUAACACA